AGGACGUGAUGCUGUCCCGUUUGGCUUUACGCGCCCUGGCCCCGGCUGGCCUGAAGAGCUUGGCGCCGUCUCUGUCGGUGGGAGUCGUGCAAGUAUCAAGACCACUUCACACAAGUCAGCAGCACUUGGCUCCUGUGCCACCACUUCCAGAGACAGGAGGGAAGGUCCGCCAUGGAAUCAUCCCUGAAGAAUUUUUCCAAUUCUUAUAUCCUAAAACGGGAGUUACAGGCCCCUAUAUGCUUGGGACUGGACUUCUGCUUUAUCUCCUCUCUAAGGAAAUUUACGUAAUUAACCAUGAAACAGUUGCUGCAUGCUCUAUUAUUGGAAUCCUGAUCUAUGGAGUUAAGAAGUAUGGUGCUGACGUAGCAGCUUUUGCUGAUAAACUCAAUGAGGAAAAAAUUGCUAUAGCACAAGCUGUGAGAAAUGAUAAGAUGACCCACCUUGAGAAGGCAAUUGAGGACGAGAAGAAAGAGCAAUGGAGGGUUGAGGGACGCCACUAUCUUUUUGAUGCCAAGAGGAACAAUGUUGCUAUGCUGCUGGAGACCAAUUUUAGAGAGAGGAUGCUCACUGUAUACAGUGAGGUGAAGAAGCGGUUAGACUAUCAUGUGGCGAUGCAGAAUGUCAAGCGGCAUAUGGAACAAGCUCACAUGAUCAACUGGGUGGAGCGAAAUGUUAGGCAGAGUAUUACAGCUCAACAGGAGAAGGAGAGCAUUGCCAAGUGUAUCUUGGAUCUGAAGAUGCUGUCAAAGACUGCACGGGCAACUGCCUAAAUACAGCUUUUACUCAUGACCUCUUUAAUCUUAUGACUGAUAAUCUUAAUUAAAACAUCUGUAACCUU